UCUGUAGUAUAACGUCAGUCGUGUGUAAUGUGUAUCUAUAGUUUCCUUCUGUUUUGAAACCCAAGCAAGCUAAGUGAUUUAGUUCCUUUAGCAAUUAAAAAGGUUUUAAGGUGAAUAAAGUGUGAAUCUUCAGUUUCAAGAAGAUGGAAAAGAGGAUUGCUUUGGAACUAAGGGGAAGAAAUCCCUCACAGAUUAAAGAGCUCAAUUUGGAUAAUUGUAGAAGCACCAACAUAGUUGGCCUUUCAGAUGAAUACACCAACCUCGAAAUUUUAAGUCUUAAUAAUGUUGGACUCACAACUCUUAAAGGAUUCCCCACUUUGCCCAAACUACGAAAGUUAGAACUUUCAGACAACAGAAUAUCAAAUGGAUUAAACUUCCUCAAUGGAUGCAAGAAAUUAACACACCUAAACUUAUCAGGAAAUAAGAUAAGAGAUUUAGACACACUGAAACCCCUGCAAGAGUUUGAAAAUUUGAGGAACUUAGAUCUUUUCUACAAUGAUGUUACAAAUAUAGAAGAUUACAAAAUUAAGGUGUUUGCAUUACACCCAUCAUUAAAAUACUUGGAUGGGUUUGAUAAAGAUGAUAGAGAAGGGGAAGACAGUGAUGCAGAAGAGGAAGAUGGAGAAGAAAUGAAUGGAAACAAUGAUAGUGAUGACGAAGAUCUGGACAUAGACUUGGGUCCUCUAGUGAUUGAUGAUGAAAGUUUAUCAGAGAGGUUGCCCGAGGAGUCGCCUAGUCUUCUGGUCUCAUUGUAUACUGUUUAUGGUCUCCUAUUCCACAUGGGUUAUCUUUUAAGAAACGUGGAUGAUGAGGACGUAUCUCUUAGUGCAGUCUACAAUGCAAAUCUAGAGGAAGAGAGCUCCGCAAGUUCCUUAUAUGUCGGCAGCGACGUAGAGGAGGAGGAGGAUGAUGACGACGACGAGGACGGCGAUAACGACGCCGACGCAGACGGAGACCACAACUCUAAGGCCCAAGAUGGAGAGGACAAUACCCAUGAAGAGAGCACUCGAGGUAAAAAGCGAAAACAUGAAGAUGAAGAUGACAAUUGAGAGUUGCCUUAAGCGGAGUUAUCUUACUAGUUUGUAAGUGUACAGCACUCCGAAGCAUCGGACAAUAAACCUGAUCAUAGUUACGGUGUACUGAAAUCAUCCCAUGAGCAAGUCAUAACAUAUUAGAUGGAAACUAUCACCCAGCAUGGUGUAUCCGACUGCUCAGUGUCAAUAACUGUAAAGGGGUCCAUUGCGCGACAAGAACAAUUAAAAAGAAAUCUUCAUCACGAAUGGUGGUAUCUUUUGUGUGAAAUCUGUAGUUUGUUGUCCGAAAGUUGAUAUUUCAAUUAAAUUGUUUAUGUAAUAACUAUUUUUUAUUCUAUUGACAUGCUUAUUUUAGUCUAAUCAUUGAAAUGCAAGUGCAUGAUUUUAGAUUUAAAUUAGCUCUCGGGAAUUCUUAAAUACAAUGUAAUUGAUUAGCUUUAAGUGAUAGGAAGUUGAAUAAACUUGCAAGGCGGUCAACAUACCUUUGUAAUUCUGUUUUCAAUGCUGAUGUAAGGUGUUCCGCCUGAUUGUUGAUAUGACCAACUAUUAGACUGGUUGAGACAUAUUUAAAAAGUUAUAAAUCCAAUUGCAUUGGUAAUUUAUUUACAUAUUUACCUACAAACCCGGUCUAUUAUUAAAACUUGAUAUCUAUAAACAUUGUUUAGUAUUACUUACAAAAGUUGUCUUUCAUUAUUAAAUGCAGUAUUUAAUAGAGUUCACUGUCAGUGUUAUGUGAUCCAAAACAUGAAUACAAUAAAUAUAGUCAAUUGCUUCAUACAUAGCUUCUAAAUCAUGUUUUGUACAUUUAUAUGAACUAAAUGUAUUUGCGCUUCUACAUACUAAUUGAAACACGCGUAUGUCAACCAAAACAUGAGAUGUGAUGAAAUUUUACUUUAUAAAUCUAAGGGACAUUUGUAAAUUGAGUACAUAGGUCGGAUAACUUUGUAAUAUCAUUUAACGUCUCAAAAACUUGUGGCAGAGUGCGAUAAAAAUAGAGAAAAGAUGUUGUUGUCGUUUUCAAAUUUUUAUAUAAAAAAAAUCUAUAUUACAUUUGAAAAUUAUAAAGUAAAUUUAUAUAAACGUGUUAUUGAUCAAAGUUGUUUUAUAUAUACACACAACAGGUACUACAUCCUUCAUUAAAUUCAAAAAGAAACAAGGCAUAAUACACAAUUGAUAUAUAUGAGUUUGCAUUUGAGAAUAGAAUACAUUUCCUAACGUUAGUAACUGCACUUCUUUUAAUUCUUAAUUACAACCAGCUAUAAAGCUUAUGGCGCAGUCUGCCGUGAGUUUUUGUGUAUAAUAAAUAUAUUAGAUACUACGACAUCGGUUUACCCCUUAAAUUUAUCGUAAUAAAUAUGUAAAAUAAUUUGAUUAAAUUAGAUGAAAUUCUUUGAUAUCUGACGAUUUCAGAGAAUAUUUUUCUACAAUCUUUUUAAAUUUUAAAAGAGCAAUUUAUGCACUAAGUAUAUCAAU